GAAGUGGACAUAUUUGAUCUUGACACCUUAUCAAGGCUACAGUCUCACCAAGAAACUAAAUUCGUUGGUCGGUCAGGGCGAUGACACUGCCCUCGGCCCAUGAGUUCCACUGGCAGAGCCUAGCAUCCCUCUCCAGUGCCCGUGUCUAUCACUCAUUGGCUGAUGUAGGGGGCCAGCUCUAUAUGGUAGGAGGUUGUGAUGCAUCAGGCCGACCCACCAGCACUCUUGAUCUCUACUCCCCUGAGGUGGACCGCUGGGUAAGUCUUCCUCCGAUGCCCACGCAGAGAGCCGGGGCAGCAGUGGCAGUCUUAGGGAAGCACCUCCUGGUGGUCGGUGGAAUGGGAAAGGAUCAACGCCCCCUAAAGGCGGUGGAGGUGUACAACACAGAGGAAGGCAAAUGGCGGAAGAGAUGUUCAUUGAGGGAGGCAUCCAUGGGACUUUCUGUAACUGUUAAAGACGGCAGGGCUCUUGCUGUUGGAGGAAUGGGAGCAGACCUCCUGCCUAGAAGUGUUCUCCAGCAGUACGACCUUCGCAAGGAUGUGUGGGCGCUUCUCCCGCCCAUGUCCACCCCUCGCUAUGAUACCAGCGUCUGCCUACUGGGCUCUAAGAUCUACGUGGCAGGUGGACGUCAGUGUAAGCGUUUGGUAAAGGCUUUUGAAGUCUUUGACAUGGAAAGCCGCACCUGGUCAUCUCUUCCCAGUCUCCCUUGCAAGAGAUCUUAUUCUGGGGCCUUAUGGGACAGCUCAGGGCGUCUCUGCUGGUUAGGAGGCCUCAGACAUGGAGGAAUACACCAAAGUUCCAAGUUUACCAAGAACGUUAACAUCUUUGACACCAACAAAGGAUUUUGGUUGAAAUCUGAGGACACAGUACCUUUGAAGACUAAGCGAGCAGACUUUGCCUCUGCCAUAGUACGAGGGAGAAUGAUCGUGGCAGGGGGUUUGGGCCAUCAACCAUCAGUCUUGGACACCGUUGAAGCAUUCCACCCCGAAAAAAGUAAAUGGGAGAGACUGUCACCCAUGGCCACGCCUCGUUGCUCCGCCUCCAGCAUCAUAAUUCGUGACCGCCUACUGGUAGUGGGAGGUGUCAAUCAAGUCCCAAGCUCAGCCCAUGAGAUUCUAUAUGUAAAAGAGGAGGAGAUUCUUUAACCGCAAAUGUUUAGAUUUACAUAACAGAAAAAAGUUGCCUUCAAUGAUCAAUACAACACUAAUUAUCACACUAAGGCCAGAAAAAUCCUCUACGCAAGUACGCAAAUGCAGAUACGAAUGUUUGACCAGCAUUUUGCAUGCACACAGUCCUGUUGUACGUACUGUAUCAUUGGAGUCCAAAUGUCUGAGACCACAAGUGAAAAUGCAUCUACUGUAUUUAGCAUUCUUCUGAUUUAAUACAUAAAAUUUCCAUACAAAUUUUAUUCUCAGCAUAACAAUAUGAGUAAAAAGCUGAACUAAAAAAUGUCUUAGUACUUCGUAUAUCUCUUUUUUGCUUUAAUGACAGCAUGUACUCUAUCUAUCAUGUACUCGGCAAGUUUGUGCAAAACCUGAUGGUAACAAAUCUCAAAACUCAAGGGGGCAAUAGGCUUACCUUCAAAUAUCUGUGCAGAUAAAGCGAGUGCAUUAUUAUUGGAGCUGUGUAUUUAGGGCUGUUAAUUUAGUGCAAUUAAUUAAAUAUAUCAUGCCUCCUGGCCCGUUUAUAAAUGAUGUAAUAAACGUAUGUAUUUUCCUACCAGCUGAGCAAUUCAACUUAAAGUACACGUGCAAGCCACGUCAGCAGGGGGCAGUCAGCAUGCCUCAAUGAACAUCACAAGCAGCAAAGCCACAGAAUGAGAGCGGGUCAAACAGGAUGUGUUCAUGACAGCUGGACGUAGCACAACAGAAUGUAGGGAUCUCGAGACUCGAUUUUCAUAGUUUCAACUAUUUUUACCUUGACACAGUGUCAUAAAAAUGCGUCAUAUAUAAUGCUGAAAACCUGUGAAAUCCACCUGACGCAUUUUUGCUCACGGAGUGCAAGAACACAUCUGUGAGAACAGGACAGAUUUACUAACUCAAUUGCAAAAAGGAUUGUUGUCGACUGUAGACAUUGAUCAAUGAUAUGGGAAUAAAACAAACAAUAUAUUGAUGCCUUACGCCACUUUUUGUAUUGACUAAUCAAUGCUUCACUCAUCUGCCACAAUGAUGCAAUAUGUUUCAAUCUGAAUAUCUGAAUUAUUAUAUUCAUUAUAUGUAUAAAUAUAUAUGACAUUUUGCAAAAAUUGCAUUGGAACGCAAAAAUGCGUGAAUCCAACUUGCAUAGAUACAAGCGUUUGCGUUCACGUACUUGCGUAGAACAUAGUUUCUGUGCAAAAAGAUUCUCUUAUGCUUGACUGUUCAAAUGAAUAAGCUACACUAUUGCAUGGUUAUGAAUAACUAAGCACACCGUAGGGAACGACACAGUUAUAUUGUAGUUCUACAAAGCUUGCUGUUAAUGCCAUUUCUUUACUAGAUGCACAGCCUAAGACAAUCUGCCUUCUAAGCCAACAACACACAAACACCCACUGAACAAUCAAAGCCAAUAACAUAUGCACAAACACAG